AUGAUGGAAUCUCAGGAAGUGGAAUUUGCUGAAUAUGCAAAGUUGCCAUAUUUACCACCAUAUUUGCAGCCUGGGUUGAACAAUUAUACUUACGGGGUCAACUUUGCAUCUGCUCAUCAAGGAUAUGUAUCUGAUCUUGCUUCGGUGAUACACCUUAAAACUCAACUAUGUCAGUUCAAGAAGGUGGUGAAACAGCUGAGGCACAAACUAGGUCAUGCAGAGGCCAAAACAAUUUUGUCGAAAGCUGUUUACUUGAUUAGCAUUGGAAACAAUGAUUAUUUUGCCCCCUUCACAUCAAAUUCCAGUUUGUUUGAGUCCCACUCACACAAAGAAUUUGUUGGCUUGGUCAUUGGCAACCUUAAGAAAGUGAUCAAAGUAAUAUACACUGUCUUAUGGUGGAGCCAUACUCCCAAUGUCACAGGGCCUUACAUUAAUCUAAAAGAGCUGCUUGAAGUUUAG